AUGCGCCAAAAUUACGCUUUCGCAGUUGAAAGUAGAGUGAGUGCUGCAGUGCAAGGGGUGCUAACGGGGGUUGCAGACCUCCACGCUUCGUGGAUCAAUGUUUUCAGUUUUAUUGUUGGUGAUUCAUUAAUUGCAAGGACUAAUGCACGUUAUAUAGAUCGCAUACAGCAUACUAUUCGCUCGUCCUUACGAGCUAUGGAAGAAAUUCUUUUUGAAGGUAAACAUUUUAAGCUGGUUAACGAAUCUGAGCUUCCAGAGAUUGUAGAUAUUCUUGCAACAUAUUUACCAGACUCCAUUAAAUUUCAUCAAACAAUUAAGACUUAUUUAAAUGAUCGCAUAUGGAAUUUCCACUUUUAUGUUACGAAGACAUGGCCUGAAAAUCCUGUUAUAUUGCAUUUUCCUGGAAUGACUUUAACUCCAAAUGGAAAUUUAUAUGAAAGCUUUAGCGUCUUCUGCCCAUGUGAUAAAUUAGACAGUUUAAAAUUUCUAGAACAAGAAGAUGUAUUAAUUAACUGGAACCAACCAUUAUAUUUAAACUUUACGCAUAAUUUAAUAAUAGAAAAAAUAGAGGAUUUUUACCAAGAUAUAGGAACCAUUGAGAAACAAUAUGGAGAUUUUUAUAUUUUAUCGAAUUCCAAAUUACAAGACGCGGAGGAUGAAGAACUGGCCGAAAACGCUAAAAUAAUUCAGCUGCGCGAAGAACACAUGUGCAUGAUCCAUGAUCUUUAUCCAGCCAAUCAGAUGGAAGGCAUAGAAGUUUUUAAAAAGCUAGUGAAAAAACUGCCGUGUUACGGUGUGUUUUCGUCCGAUGGAGAACUGGCAGCGUGGAUGGUGCAGUCGUACUACGGUGCGAUGUUUUCCAUGCAAACCAAGUCCGAGUACCGAAGGAAAGGAUACGGGUUCAUUCUUGCCAAGUACCUGACAAAAAUCGUGAGAGAAAGGGGCUACAUCCCGUUCGUUGUCAUCCGUCCCGAGAACGAUGCUUCCAAGGGUCUCUACUUCAAGUUAGGUUUCAAAAAACAUUUCCAAACCAUCAGAGCAAUUUUGCGGCCUUACGAUUUAGAAAUUACAAGGGAACAGGAGGGAUAGUUUUUAAAUUUCCUGAUUUUCAAAUAGAUAUUCAAAUGCAGCUUAUAAAGCACAAUUAUAAUAAUUGUUUUUGUUACAGCAUUGCAUUAUUACCUAUUGCCAAUUUUCACCAAUACAUUGGAAUUCCUAUUAAGGGCUUUGUUUAAAAGCAUUAGUUAUAAGCGUUUAUGGGACCCAAAACCAUAAUACAACAAAAAAUAGUAAAAUCCAAAAUGCAUGUACAAUUGGCGUCCCCGAAAUGUGAACGAUUUUUGGUUGGUAUAAACAAUAUUACAAAUAAAUUAACGUUAAUUUGGUUUUGUACAACAAUAUUAACAAGUAGGUAAAUAAAAAAUAUAAAUAACAUAACUAAAAUAUCAUAUUGCUCAAGAAAAUUGGUCCUUAAGUAAAAUAGCUGCAGAUUUAAAUGUCUUAAGCUCUUCCCAAGAAUGUUCAAUAGCAUUCCGUAGUUCGUAUCGGUAAAAUCUCCAACGUAAAUGAAGACAAUGCUGGUUUAAAAAACUGUGCUGCUGCUCAUGAGCAUUAUGCAUAAGCUAUUUUAAUACUUUGCAACCUUUUUGGCAUGGACAUUAUUAGUUUACGCAUAUCGUAUGACUCAGCAAGCUCUUCCCAAGAUUUUUCAACAGCAUUCCGUAGUUCAUUUCGGUCUGCUAGCCUAAA